GGGGAUUUACAGCCGAGGGAGCUGCACUGGUGCUGACUUUAUUUAUUUGGAACCCCAGCAUGCCGAUUUGACCUCAGAAAAUGGAUCUACGAGUAGCGAGUAUUCUUCUUCUGCUGGUGGCCCUGGCCGCCGGCCAUGGCAAAAGAUACGUGGUGAAGAAAGUCAUGGAGGCUCCGUACGCCGUGAAAGGUCAUGUGGUUUCUGUAGCUGGAGAACCAGGUUCCCCAGGUGAGCCAGGCCCAGAGGGACCCCCUGGACCUCCUGGCCCUCCUGGAGAGAACGGUGAAGGACUGCAAGGACCAGAGGGACCUCCUGGACCACCCGGACCUGCCGGCUACUCUGCACCUGGAAAGCCAGGUACUCCAGGUGGACCAGGCAAAUCAGGUGCACCUGGAGCACCUGGACUUAAAGGAGAUGGGGGCGCAUCUGGUCCUCAGGGACCUAGGGGUGCACCUGGGCCUUCUGGCAGCCCCGGGCCUGCUGGUAUUUCCGCUCCCGGCAAACCUGGACCAGCAGGUAUGCCCGGAGGUAUGGGACCAAGGGGAGAGCCAGGUAUUAAGGGACAUCCAGGUAUUCCUGGUCAGCCAGGACAGAAUGGAGAGAGAGGUAUUGGUUUUCACGGGCCUCAAGGUGAGAGGGGAGAAACUGGACCUAUGGGACCUGUAGGAGCACCCGGUGAGCCUGGUGUUGGUAAACCCGGUAAGCCUGGAUACCCAGGUGAGCCAGGUAAGGGAGGUGCAUCUGGCCGUGAUGGACAACCAGGUCCUAUGGGUCCCAGUGGACCAAAAGGCCAUACUGGUGCCCCUGGAAUUGGAAUGCCAGGUAAACCAGGUGAAAAUGGUGCCCCAGGUCAGCCAGGUUCUGCCGGUUUCAAAGGUCCACAGGGAGCAGCUGGAGCACCUGGUGCUCCUGGUAGCCCAGGCUAUGGUAAGCCAGGUGCUGCUGGUCUUAAGGGUGAGACAGGCCCAGCGGGUAGCCCAGGUGCAGCAGGGCCAAAAGGUGAGCCAGGUUCAAGGGGACCUACAGGAUAUACAGGAGCAACUGGUCCUGCAGGCCCAGCUGGCCCUCAGGGUCCAAGAGGUUUCCCAGGUGAGAGGGGAGCUGCAGGUGAAAAGGGGGAAUCAGGUCCAGUGGGACCUCAGGGCUUUAAGGGACAUAAGGGAGAUCAGGGUGCACAAGGUGGUGAUGGCAAGCCAGGCUACCCAGGUGCAACAGGCCAACCAGGUUCAAGAGGACCAACUGGUGCUACAGGUCCCAAAGGAGAAACUGGCGAAACAGGUGCCACUGGUGCUCCAGGAGCAACCGGACCUGUUGGCCCCAAGGGUCACACAGGACACACUGGACCAGCUGGUGAGACAGGGUCUGCAGGUGCCCCAGGGGCAAGAGGACCAGCUGGUCCUUCUGGUGCACCAGGUGCACCUGGGCAUAAGGGACACCCUGGUCUUCCUGGGUCACCUGGCCCAGCUGGUCUUGCUGCUAAGGGAGUUGCUGGACCUCAAGGUCCUCAUGGACUUCCCGGUGCUGAUGGUGCUCCCGGUGAAACUGGCCCAUCCGGUCCCCCAGGCCCACCCGGUCCUCCCGGUGAGGUUGUUUUUGCAAAGGCAGAGGAGACAUUCAAGGGGGAGCCAUCUUUCAUCAAGACCCCAAUGUCUGCCUUUACCGCCCUAACUACAUCACCCUACCCCCCAGCUGGUAGCCCUAUUAAGUUUGAGCAGAUUGUUUACAAUGCGGAGAAUCACUACGAUCCCGAGUCCGGCGUCUUCACCUGCCAGGUUCCUGGCGUCUAUUACUUCUCGUACAGCAUGCACGUGAACGGGGCUAACGCCUUGGUGGCACUCUAUAAGAACGAGGAGCCGAUUAUGUUCACCUACGAUGAGUACAACAAGGGCUUUCUGGACCAGAUGUCCGGCAGCGCUGUCCUUCAGCUCAACGAGCAGGACACCGUUUACCUUCAGAUCCCCGAUGACGAGGCUAACGGCAUCUUUGCCGCCGAUAACGUCCACUGCUCCUUCAGUGGCUUCCUGAUCGCCUCAACGUGAUAGGUCAGUAAAGUCGUACGCCAACUUCCGAACCCUCUUGCUAUUUCUCAACGAGAAAAAAAUUAGUUCAGUUAAUAAACAGGUUCUUCGGUUUUUGAGAAAUAGGAGCAUCUUGACUUGAAAUUUUACCAGACAGUAGGUGCUAAAGGAAGGACAUAACUUACGUAACAGGUUAUCAGGGCUUUGGUGGGGUGGACAAAUGGUGUGGAGUUCUGUGGUGUCCUGACCAUUUCUUGUGUCUUUUGUUAUAUUUUUCUGAUCUCAGAGGGUGACUUUUAUUUUGUCUGGUUUUCUGUUUUUUAAACCUUGUUAUUGGACUGUUUUUCCUCACAUUUCUGCAUCUGACUUGAAUAUCGUGAAAAGGUCAAAUCGAUCACGACAAAACGUUCAAAACAAAUCC